UCUAACUCAAACAUAUGUGAAAUGGAAUUUUACAUAAUUAUUAGUUUUUUAUGACUUGGCAAAAUUAGCAAAGGACUUCUAAUGGUUAUCAUAAUAUGCUAUAUUUUGUUACUGUUUUAUAUUUUUCCACCUUCUGAGCAAAAAUGUGAAUUGCGGAAAAAAAAUCCAUUAGAUUGUAGGGAAAUCAAGCAAAUACUUACUUUACAUAACGAAGCUAGAAGCAGAGUGGCUUUAGGACAAACCAUGUUACCAGAAGGAAUGGACAUGUGGGUUCUUACAUGGGAUGAAACAUUAGCUCGGAUGGCCCAGGAAUGGGCAAAUAACUGCAUUUACCAGCACAACCAAGACUUACCCGAAGGAGUUGGGGAAAACCUUUCUUGGCAGUCUUCAAAUGAUUAUAGUGUCAUUGACAUUGAUUACCUUGUUGAAUUGUGGUACGAUGAAGUAGAAAGAUAUGAUCCAGAAGGUGAACCCCUUCAGGAUGGUACAAGAGACUUCACUCAGAUGGUUUGGGCUAACACCAAAUAUAUUGGAUGUGGAAUUUCUGUUUAUCAAGAUCCUGAAGAUGAAGAAAUUUAUAAGACCUUAUUGGUCUGUUACUAUAGACCGGCUGGCAACAUUAAGGGUGAAAAGUUAUACGUUGAGUUUGAACACUUCUCACGAUGUAGCAGAGGAGUAGAGUCUGAGCAGUAUAAGGGCCUUUGUGCAUACAAUAAAGAACACAGCCGUGGAAUCUAUACCCCUUGUACCGGUAGCUGCGAGGCACUGCGACCUACUACAAUGUGCAUCGUUUUUUUAUUUUAUGGUUAUUAUAAUUAUUAUAUUUAAAAAAGGCGAAAUAAUAAAGCUGUGUAAAGUAAAAUAAUAUAAUUUCUGUUAAAGUAAGGUAAAUUUAUUUUUAAUCCUAUAUUGACUUUUGAC